UCCUAACCCUUAAAUUGGUCCCGGAUGGCGUUGAGCGCGGCGAGACUGGAGCCGGGCACCGAAGGGUUCGGCGUGACUUCUCCGCGGGAGCCCGAGCCCGAGUCCGAGCCCGACUUCGCGCCGGCAUCUUCGGGGCCGGGAGGGGAACUCGGAGGUGACGGGAAGCGAGUAAUGCCCGGCAUCCUGUACCUGGGGCAUAUCCCGCCGCGCUUCCGGCCCCUGCAUGUGCGGAACCUGCUCAGCGGUCACGGCGAAAUCGGUCGCGUCUUCUUCCAGCCGCAGGCCCGAUCGGGCCGAGCGGGGAAAACCCGGAGCUGCCGCCGCUGGGGGCAGGACUACACCGAGGGCUGGGUGGAGUUCCGGGACAAGCGGGUGGCCAAGCUGGUGGCGGCCAGCCUGCACCACACGCCCAUGGGCGCCCAGCGCCGAAGCCCCUUCCGGUACGAUCUGUGGAACCUCAAGUACUUGCACCGAUUCAAGUGGAGCCAUUUGAGCGAGCGCCUGGCCUGUGAGCGGCAGGGGAGGCAGCAGCGCCUCCGGGCCGAGGUCGCCCAGGCCAAGCGCGAAACGGACUUUUACCUGCGGAGCGUGGAGAAGGGCAGACGUUUCCUGGAGAAGGCGGAAGUCGCGCUGGCCGCGGGCCAGGAGGAAUCGGUCGCGGCGGAUAAGAGCUGGGGCUUCCUCCAGCGCCCCACGGAGAUGGAGAUCCGGAAGCACCGAGAAGAGAUUCAGCCCGGCCAGGGCAGGGACCAGCAACUCCAGAUGCCCGAGUCUGCCAAGAAGGCUCAGCCGAACGAGUCGCUGCUAGCCAAGAUCUUCCGUCCUGCAGCCUGAGCGCUUGCGAAACUGACUUCGGUAAUCUCAGCCCCUUGGGGAUCACCCCGCAGAAAGUGGAGCUGUAGAUCCAGUUCACUUCUGGAUUUUCUGCCCAUUUGAAGCCUUCCACUUACUCGUUUGUUCGACAAACUUCAGGAUGUAAUUUUUUCCUUUCAAACAAUAAAAUCUUGCCAUUGGGGGAGAAAAAAAGUUUUAACUAGGUGGC